AUGAAAACAAAUAUUUUAAUAUACUCUAAAAUCGUAAAUCCUUCAGUUUGUAAAAUUUUGAAAGCAAUAUUGGGUACAAAUUAUGAUAUUAUUCAAAUAGAUUCAAAUGAUUUGUUGAUGAAUUCCUGGUUUGAAAUAACUUCUUGUUUAAUAUUUUUAUCUUCGAAUAAAUUAAAUAUUAAUCAACAAUUAUUCAUUCAAAAAGAAUUUAAUAAUAACAUUCUCUUUGAAAAAAAAUUUGAGGACUAUCUAAAAUCCGGUGGUAAUUAUUUGGAUCCUAUUGUUGAAAUUCCUUUAAAAUUAAACAGAGAAAGUUUGUUAAAUCAUCUUCCUUUCGUUCAAAAUCAAAUUGAAAUUCCUUGUGAUAAUUCAAUCGGUUAUUUUGAUAGUUUGGGAGACAAUGUUACUUCUAUUGCUACAUAUAAUAAUUCUUCAACUAUAAUUCAAUAUGAUAUUGGUAAUGGGAAGGUCAUUUUAUGUGGUCUUGAUCCUUUCUUUAAUAUCGUUAAACUUGAACAGAAACAUUUAAUAAGAAGUUUAUUUUCAACUUUUGGUUUAAAUUUAUCUCAAAAUAAUGAAAGUACCCCUUCACAAUUAUCUUUUACUCUACACUUAACCUCAAUAAGACCUGCUUUAACAAAUCUUUGGUUAAAUAAUAUAAAUUCUUUAACGGAUUCUAAUAAUAUUAUAAAAGCGUCAAAUGAUUCCUUUAGAAUUAUUGUUAACUCUCAUGACAGUGAUUUAUCUCAAGAUGCAAAUAAAGAUGAUAAUAUGGAUAUUCCAAAAUCUAUUAUUGUUUAUCGUGAUCAACCUCCUCCUCUGUCAACCACACCUUUCUUUAAUUUUAAAGAUUUCUUUGAUCACCUUUCAAAAGAAAGGAAUAUCGAAAGUGGUGGCGGUAACAAAAUGGAAUUUGGUUCAACUGUGCUUUAUGGUGAAGUGGUAUCAAGUACACAAACAUUACUAGACAAGAACUUUAAAUUUACUCAAAAUUUGCCUACUGGGUUCGUUUGUACAGCUACACAACAGAAUCAAGGACGCGGUCGUGGUAAAAAUUCUUGGAUUUCACCUCUUGGAUGUCUUCAGUUCUCUGUUGUCUUAAGACAUCCAUCGAACAUAGCCUCUGUUGUUUUUAUACAAUAUCUCUUAUCAUUAGCGGUAGUAGAAGCUAUUAGAACAAAAAAAGGUUACGAGGAUCUUCCUCUUAGAUUGAAAUGGCCAAAUGACAUCUAUACCGAAAAUUUUAAAAUUGGAGGUGUUAUCAUUAAUUCGCAUUUCGUUCAAGACGAAUUUCUUCUGAUCGCAGGUUGUGGAGUUAAUUUAAGUAAUUCAGCACCUACAACCUCCGUUAACCGCAUAAUAUCUCUAUAUAAUCAUGAUAAUAAAUCUCAAUUAAAGGAAUUUUCUCAAGAACAACUUUUGGCCUCUAUUCUCGUAAAAUUUGAAUCAUUUUACAAAGAAUUUUGUAGUCAUAAAAAUGGGUUUGAACCCUUUCUUGAUAUUUAUUAUAAAAGAUGGUUACAUAAGGAUCAGAUUGUCACUUUGGAAGCAUUUAAUAAUAGGAGAGCCCGUAUUAUUGGGAUUACUACGGAUUACGGUUUUUUGAAAGCCAGGUUCAUUAGUGAGGAUGAUGAUAAUUUGGAAGAAAUAAUUUUACAGCCUGAUGGAAAUAGUUUUGAUAUGAUGAAAGGAAUGAUAUCUCGUAAAUCAUAA